AUGAAUGAAGAAUACGACGCGAUUGUUCUUGGAACUGGACUGAAGGAAUGCAUCCUAUCCGGUAUGUUAUCGGUUAGUGGGAAAAAGGUACUCCACGUAGAUCGCAACAAGUAUUAUGGUGGUGAAUCGGCCUCUAUAACGCCAUUGGAAGAUCUAUUCGCGAAAUUCAAGGCACCACCGCCAGAUGAAAGUUAUGGACGUGGUAGAGAUUGGAACGUUGAUCUUAUACCUAAAUUCUUGAUGGCCAAUGGUCUCCUCGUUAAAUUAUUGAUUCAUACCGGUGUUACACGUUAUUUGGAAUUUAAAUCGGUAGAAGGAUCUUACGUUUACAAGUCCGGUAAGAUCUCGAAGGUGCCAAUCGAUCAACAAGAAGCAUUGUCCAGUGAUCUUAUGGGUAUAUUUGAGAAAAGACGAUUUCGCAACUUUCUUGUAUGGGUACAGAACAUGAAGGAGGAUGAUCCAAAAACCUGGGAAGGAUUUGAUCCAUUUAAUAAUAAUAUGAGCGCGCUUUAUAAUAAAUUUAGCCUUGAUAAAAAUACUCAAGACUUUACGGGUCAUGCAUUAGCUCUGUACAGGGAUGACGAUUACAUAAGUCAAAGUGCGAUAACUACCAUAAGGAGAAUCAAAUUGUAUAGCGAUAGUUUAGCACGUUAUGGUAAAUCUCCGUAUUUGUAUCCCAUGUAUGGCCUCGGUGAACUACCUCAAGGUUUCGCACGACUUAGCGCCAUUUAUGGUGGUACGUACAUGUUGGAUAAACCUAUCGAUGAAAUCGUCAUGAAGGACGGUAAGGUCGCCGGUGUACGUUCUGGAGAUGAAGUAGCUCAAUGUAAACAAGUAUUUUGUGAUCCUACCUAUGUACCUGAACGUGUGAAGAAAGUUGGUCAAGUAAUAAGAUGUAUCUGCCUUUUGGAUCAUCCGAUACCAAGUACGGGUGAUGGUCUUUCAACCCAGAUUAUUAUUCCGCAGAAACAGGUUAAUCGUAAUUCUGAUAUUUAUGUAUCCCUGGUAUCGCAUACUCAUCAAGUAGCUGCCAAAGGAUGGUUCAUAGCUAUGGUUUCAACAACGGUUGAAACAAAAUAUCCCGAACAGGAGAUACAACCUGGAUUAGAUUUACUUGGGCCAAUAAGACAAAAAUUUAUUUCUAUAUCGGAUUAUAUGGAACCGACCGACGACGGCUGCGAUAGUCAAAUUUUCAUUUCAAGGAGUUACGACGCGACGACGCAUUUUGAGACAACAUGCUUGGACGUACUUGAUAUUUUCAAACGUGCGACAGGCGAGGAAUUUGAUUUCAACAAAGUUAAACAGGAACUAGGUGACGAGGAUCAGUAACCGUAAUGUUAUUGUGCGUUGUGUGAUUUGUCCAUUAAUCGAAGAAAAGAAAAGAAAAGAAAAGAAAAGAAAAGAAAAAAAGGAAAAAAAAAAAAUUAAACUAUCAAAGUCUAAAUAAUCUAAUCGGACAUUUAACUACCGACUGUGUCGGUCCAUUGGGGUUUCUUUAUUGCAGAUACAUAUUGAACAUGUAAUACUGCAAUAAGACAGAGCCCUUUAUUUUCAUUUUUUCAAUUGUCUCUUUGACAGAGAACAAAAAAAAAUUUUUUUUUUUUUUUUUUUUUUCUUUUUUUUCUUCUUUUUUUUUUUGUCAAUUUUUCUUACUUUUUUUUAGGGUGAGGGAGGGGGGGAGGUACAAUUUUUCUUCUCUGUCCUCUUAAUCUAAAACGUCAUUAAAAACUAAUAAUUUCCCUUUCCCCUUCUCCCUCAUUCACACGCCCAUUAUCUUUGAUUACUUUGAUCUAUAAAAAAAAGAAAAAAAGAAAAAAAAAACAGCAAACAAACAAACAAACAAAUACUUUUUGAUUGAUAUAAAAGACACAUCGAGAAUAUCUUUUUCAAUAUCUUCUUCGAUCUUUGAUAUACAAUUAAUGUGUUAUAUUUGAGGAUAACACCUGCCAUGCGCAAACAGUAGCAGCAAAAUAUUAUUGUUAGUAUUAUAAACGCAUAAAGUUUUUAAAAUGGCAUAGCAAAAGUUUUAUGGAUUUACUAUAGAUAUAUAUAUAAUAUAUAUAUAUAUAUGGUACGCCGUAUUUUAAUUACUGAAAUAAAUAAAAACGAACGGGAGCUAAACGAAUGAGAACAAAAAAAAAA